UAAACUCCAGUUGUUUCAUGUCGAUUUGUUUUGUUGAUUCUUUGUCUUCUUCGCCACUGUUCUUGGCUCGUGUUUAAAACCAUUCAUCUUCUCGCCUUCCCAAAAUAAAAACAGACCAAACGCUCUAAUCCUCAUUACCUUUGUUUUAACCUGCAAGAGAUCUAGAGAGAGAUGAGAGACCCGUCGAUGGAGAGAGAAAAUGGAGCAUCUGAUUCAACGGCGGCGACAACAACAACGACCACGACAGAAAUAACUUCUCCUCCUCCGAUGAAUUCACCGCGUCAAGCAUUGAUUGAGAGAUUAAAAGAUUAUGGACAGGAAGAUGUUUUCGCUCUUUGGGACGAGCUCUCACCGGACGAACGAGAGUUCCUUGUCAGAGACAUCGAGUGUUUGGAUCUUCCAAGAAUAGAUCGGAUCAUCAGAUGCUCACUUCACUCUCAAGGCUUGCCUGUGGCGGCGAUAGAGCCAGUGCCGGAGAAUUGGGUCUCGACGGUUGAUGGAAGAACAAUGGAAGACAGAGAGAAGUGGUGGAAGAUGGGAUUAAAGACUAUCUAUGAAGGCAAACUAGGAGUGGUACUUUUGUCUGGUGGACAGGGAACAAGACUUGGAAUUUCAGACCCAAAAGGAUGUUUCAAUAUCGGACUUCCAUCAGGAAAGUCGCUCUUUCAGAUUCAAGCAGAGAGAAUCUUGUGUAUCCAAAGACUUGCUGCUCAAGUAGUGGGUGAAGGUCCAACUCGCCCAGUUACAAUACACUGGUAUAUUAUGACUAGUCCAUUUACUGAUGAGGCGACACGAAAAUAUUUUUCGAGUCACAAGUACUUUGGCCUUGAACCAGAUCAAAUCAGUUUUUUCCAACAAGGUACUUUGCCUUGCAUUUCAAAGGAAGGAAAGUUUAUCAUGGAGACACCUUUUAGUCUAGCUAAAGCUCCAGAUGGUAACGGGGGAGUCUAUGGAGCUCUAAAGUCUUCAAGGUUAUUAGAGGAUAUGGCUUCAAGGGGAAUAAAAUAUGUGGAUUGCUAUGGUGUUGACAAUGUCAUGGUUCGAGUAGCUGAUCCUACAUUUCUAGGGUACUUUAUCGAUAAAGGUGCUGCUUCGGCUGCAAAAGUUGUGCGAAAGGCAUAUCCUCAAGAACAGGUUGGAGUAUUUGUUAGAAGAGGAAAAGGUGGACCAUUGACUGUAGUUGAAUACAGUGAGCUAGAUCAGUCAAUGGCUUCUGCUAUUAAUCAACGAACAGGACGUCUUCAAUAUUGCUGGAGUAAUGUGUGCUUGCACAUGUUCACUUUAGAUUUCAUUAAUCAAGUCGCAACCGGCCUAGAGAAAGACAGCGUCUACCACUUGGCGGAGAAGAAGAUACCAUCUAUGAAUGGAUACACAAUGGGACUGAAACUAGAACAAUUCAUUUUUGAUUCCUUUCUGUAUGCUCCUUCAACCGCACUCUUUGAGGUGUUAAGAGAAGAAGAGUUUGCGCCAGUGAAGAAUGUAAAUGGGUCCAAUUUCGAUACACCGGAAAGUGCGAGGCUUUCGGUUCUAAGGCUACACACACGUUGGGUUAUAGCAGCUGGUGGAUUUCUAACACAUUCUGUGCCUUUAUAUGCAACUGGUGUUGAGGUUUCACCGUUGUGCUCGUACGCUGGAGAAAAUCUUGAAGCUAUUUGUCGUGGAAGAACGUUUCAUGCACCUUGUGAAAUCUCCCUCUAAUUAUUUUCUUUUUGUUUUGUAUUGAAAUGUCUUCUUCUUGUUCACAUGAUCUUUUCUUUGCUUUCACUUUUUUUUGUUUUGUUUUUGCUUCCCGGCUGGUUUAUAUAUAAACUUAAAUAUUCCCAUGAGAGAGAGGACUUGGCGUUUUGUAUCCAUUGUAACAUAUCUAAUAAAAAUUUAUGUUGGUUUUUAAAA